CAAUGAGAAAGGGGACCAGUGUGACAGAGGCAGAUGGUGGAUGGGUACUUUGAAAGAUACGCCCAUCCCUGGGAGUUACCACAUCCGGGACUUCAUUGAGGAGGCUGGUCUGAACCCGGUCCAUAGGACGUAUGGCUUUAAGGGUACGGGGAGAGACACCAAGAUGCAGAUGCGUAAAGGGGACUUACUGCUGCCGGGAGCCUAUUGCUUCACUGAUUCCACCCAGGAGGCCCUCCAAUGCCAGGCCUCCUACUCCUUUAAGAGCUGCCCCCGCCCAAAAAACUACACUCUGGGUAUCUGCGACAAGGAAAUAGACCUUUCACCAUGCCACUACAAUGUGACCCAGAAACCAGUGCCCAAGAUACCCUGCAAACACGUGAUGUUUCGUUCGGCAGUGCAGCGUGCCAGCUUUCUGCCUAGAGAGGGCCCUGCUCCUGGACAUUACAACAUAAAGACGGGCCCGACCAUAGGAGUCACGUCCUGUUUCAGAUCCACUGUGCCCCGUCUUCACAGUGUGCGCUCGGUGAGUGACGAGCUCACGCACACACACACAAGGACUCCAGGACCGGGGACUUAUGAGCCGUCCUGGCAGAUGGGUCACCGUCUGGGGACGGAGGCCAACAUGGGCAGGGCCCACGGUCUCUUCUUCCGCAAUGUCUUCUAG